AUGGUCCAGGACGGAAAUGUGAAGCUAAAUGGCACCAUCACUAUACAUAACUGCCCAUUUGCAACAUUCUGCCGUGAAGUGGUGACAGAUGCUGGCAAAGUGGCUAUGAUUCCACUGGCCAAAGGACCAGCUACCGUACAGAUGCAUGUACCGCCGAGAGCCGACUUUGGCCUUGCUGCUGUAAACCUUAUUGCCAAGAAGGAAUGGAAUAACGAGUAUCUGCAGCAGGUACCAGUGUGUGUACGCAAGGAUGGCAGAUGCGUUCCACAACAGUAUCCUCCGGCCGCUUACCGCUACUGCUUGGCGUACUGCCCGUCGGUGGAGUUGGAUGUCAGGGCACUUAAUCAGCGGAUAAAGAAAAGCCAGAGGUUAGUUAGAUUUCUUGCGAUUUCUAGCCAAAUUCCCGUUGGAUUGAUGAUCAAGCGUUCAAUUCAGAUUAUUCAAUUCUGGAUGGAGGACAAGUACACGGCAACCCUUUACCACAACAAUACCCAGAAAGGCCCAAUAUUUAUUGACUCUAUCACCGCCGUACCGUUCCACUCCUACAGCGAAAACCUGAUGCGACCAUUACCCAUCGAUCUCUCGUCAGAAUUCAUUCAGCAGUGCAGUGCUGACUUCUAUCAGAACGACCCAGACAACGUCACCGAUUUCUGCCGUGACAAGAUCUUCUCAUUGACAACGGACUUCAAUGCAGCCGCGUUUUCAUGUGAUUGUAAUCCUAAGGUAUUGAAUUUAGAGAAGUGCAAAUGUAGCAUUGGUCAGCAGUGCAACGAGCAAACCGGUCAAUGCUUCUGUCCUCCUCAUGUCGAAGGCACCGCUUGUGAUAAGUGUGUCAGCUACGCCUUCGGUUACGAUCCUCUCAUUGGAUGUCAAAAGGAAAAUGUAGCUGGACCAGCCUGUGACACCUGCAAAUCGGGUACAUUCCACUUGUCAGCCGAGAAUCCUAAAGGAUGUAUCAAUUGCUUCUGUUUUGGCACUACUGAUCAGUGUCGCUCCAGCAUGUUCCCUGUCUCUAUCAGUUCCGUCGACAUGUCCAUGUUCACAACGAACGAUCCUGCUGGAACUCUGGAGUUUGAGAACGAUGUCGUCAGCUACACAGCUGGUGAUAACUCCACUGCCAGCGUAUAUUUCAACGUCCCCAUAGAACAUGGAGCCGACUACACAGCGAGCUAUGGCCUAUUGAUGUUCAGCUUUUCUUUCAGUUGUACUUCCAACUGUCUGUUCAACCACCUGACGAUUCAUCCGAGAAUGAGUGCAGACGCUGAUGUUCGCCUCUAUGGCAACAACAUGACCGCGGAAUUCUGGGCGCCCGAACAGCCAGCUGACCCGAAGGAAGCGUUCAACGUCCGAGUAAAACUCGUACCGGUGUAUGUUUCGAUUGUCAACACAGCACUUAUGGAGAUCAUUGUGAGCUGUGUGAAGAGGGACAUUAUGGAGAUGCAACUGAUGGCAGCCCAUACUCCUGCAUGCCAUGCCAGUGUCCAUUCUCACCUACGAACAACUUUGCUACUGGAUGUCAGAUGUGACGCCGGUUUCUUUGGUGAACCUCAACGCCCAGGCGGUUCAUGCCAGCCAUGUCACUGUAAUGACAACAAUAAUCUGACGGAUUCAAGAGCCUGUCACCCAAUCACUGGUGAUUGUUAUCUUUGCGAAAGGAACACCGACGGCCGACAUUGCGAAUAUUGUGCUCAGUGCCUGACCACUGGGGUUUCUCACGCUGUGGUGGAUGUCACCCAUGCCACUGUGGUAUCGCUUCCUCAUCUAGCCAAUGUGACGACGAGACCGGUCAGUGCCAAUGUCGACCAGGAGCUGUUGGACUGCGCUGUGAGCAUUGCGAACAUGGAUUCUGGAAUUAUGGCGAAUACGGCUGUCAGAAGUGUGACUGCGAGGCGGAUCUCUCCAUGGGUACGGUCUGUGAUGUGCGUACUGGCCAGUGUCACUGUCAAGGAAGGAGCUACUGGCGCUCGUUGUGACCAAUGUCUCCAGUCCUACUUGAGGAUUCCCACCUACGGAUGUCGACGCUGUGACGAAUGCGUGCACCAUCUGGUUUCCGACGUGGAUCAUCUCGGACUUCAUAUGCAAAACCUGAAUAUGUCGAUUGGCAACAUCUCAUCAGCUACAGUCGUUGGAGCCAGG